CAAAUCCUAUCACGAUUAACGAGAAAAAAGUCAUCUCUAUCCUACAACAUGGACUACACGCGCCUCAGGAGAGAGGAACGCGAGGAGUUCGUCUACGACAAAACAACACCUCCAAUCCGACCGCCGCAAUCAAGUCUUUAUCGCUUAAACGCGACCCUCCUCUCCAGCCUGGCCCUCACCAUCUCCAUAAUCACCGGUAUCUUCACUUUGAUCGCGUACACAAACGGCCAACGCAAUCCCGCACCCCAAUCACCAGACUCACUCUUCCGCUGCGGCACCUCCGCCGCCGAAGCCAAAGCAGCAGGAUGCCAUUUCGACCUAAUGUCCUUCUCCUGGCUGCCGUCCGCCUGCUACAACGAGGACCUGACGAACGACUUCCUCAACUACACUGACUGGAAAUGGUCGCUCGACAUCGAGGGGCAGCACCUCGUCCCGAAGGAGUAUGUCCAGCAGGGGGACUUUGAGUACCUCUUCACAAGCUACGAGUAUCAUGUCGUGCACUGCGUGUUUAUGUGGAAGAAGACGCACCAGGCAAUUCUGGAUGGUAGCUUCGAUCAUCUUGAUGGGUAUAUCGCCGGACUGGGACAUACAGGGCAUUGUGGGGAGAUGGGUGUGCUCAACUUGGAGAAUGGGUGGUAUCGGAUCCAUAACGGGGAGAAGGCGUGGGGGAUGCCGGGUGCGGGGGGCAUCAUCAUGACUGAUCUUAGACAAUAG